GACAUCUCCAAUAAGCGCAGGAGCGCCAAACGCUACUACUUUCAGUUUCGCCCUUGGCCGCUCGCGUCCCUGUUUACGCAUGCGCAAUGCCAUCUGCCCGAGUGUAGGCGCUUGCUUCGCCCAUUGCCAUAGUUACCGCGGACGCCGUAUUGAAAGACAGCCAGGAAAAACGUAGAACUUGCUCUACAGUUCGUGUUCCGGAUAGUAAGCGCAGAGCUGGAUGUGACGCCUCCAUUUACAACCUUGUAUGGCUCCCUCUGUGGAUCCGAUAUCACAGUUAGUCGAGGACAUGGACAGGCAAAUCCCAAUGCAUCCACUACCAGAAGAAAUUCAGAAGAUACCCCGUGAUGAGACUGUGUGCAAGUAUUGCGGCGUCAGCUACUUAAUACUCCACGAGUUUAAAUUAUUAGAAGAAAAAAUGAAGGCAAUGGAAAAAGAACUGAAGUUUUACCAAGGAAGCGUGGAUCGGGAAAAUCAACUUCAAGAUGAUCUUAGGCAUUUGAGACAAGAACUUGAACACAACAAGACUGACAGCGAGUCCAAAACCGAAAGGUUGAGAGUUGCUUGUGUGCAACUGCAGAAAAGAGAAGAAGAGCUGGAGAUCCUUAAAAAGGAACUUAGAAACUACAAAGAAGAAGUCAAAGCUGCCCAUAAUCAGCUGCAGAUCCUGGGAGAAGAAUCUACUAAACAGCGCUCAUAUCUGUCAAAGGCCAUGUCAUUGCUUAGAGCUCUACAGUCAGAACACAUGACAAUUAAAAACUAUAUGAAUGAUACCUCAAAAAAGUGGAUAUCUGUUAGAAAGGAGCUUGUUACCCAAGUAGAAGAAAUAUCCAAAUCACAUACAGCAGAAUUAAUGAGCCUUAAGGAAUUUCUUGGGGCAUCAGAGAAAGAAAAUUCUACCUUAAGGAACCUAGUGAGUGAUCUACAAGCCACAUCAGACUCUCUUCAGUCAACAUCUCAGCAACUGAAAGUUUCACGUGAGAGUGAGAAAGAGCUGAAAAACAGAUGUCAUGAGCUGCAGAUGCAGGUGUCUGAUCUACAGCAAGAAAAGGAAACUGCAGAACUGAAUCUACUGAAUUUGACUAAAGAAAUGAACCAUCAAAAGGAAACUGUUGUGACAAAAUCAAAGGAAAUGAAUGAUAUACUCACAAGACUUCGCAGAAUGGAGUAUGAUAAGGACACUGCAGAACUAAGACUUAAUAAGGAACUAAAAGAGAGAGAAGAUUUGCUGGCACAAUUUCAAGAAAACAAUCGUCAGCUACAGGAAGACUUUGCUGAGAAAGAAAGGGCCGGGGAAAAUUGCAAAAGAAGAACUCAGCGCUUAGAGAGUGAACUGGAAGCACUGAAGGAAGUUUUAAAGCAGUCUCAAGAAGAAAUUGCAGAUUUGCAACGCGAAAGAGAACUGAAGUUUGUUUCCUAUCAGAACAGAAUUGAACAGCUGCAGGAUGCCCUCAGGCAAAGAAUUCUGAGUAAUGAGAGCAGGGAUGCAAAGCUAGAAGCAGAGCUGGAGAAUGAACGCAAUAAAUAUUUAAGAAAACUUGAGGAAACGGAGCAAAAAUAUAAGGAAGACGCAAGUAUGGAAUUUAAUAUCGAAAGACAGAAGAAUGAAGAAUUAAUUAAAAAACUCCAAAAGCAGCAACAAGAACUGGAAGAAAAGAUAGCCAUGCUGAUAGCCCAGGCUUCUGAAGAACUAACCACAGAGAUAAACCUGCUGGAGAAGCAGUUACUGGAGACCCAGACCAGACUAACAGAAAAAGAUCAAGCAAAGGAAUCUGAAAUUGGAAACUUGAAAAAGAUGAUUUCUGAGCUGGAUCUUAGCUUAAAGAGAGAACAGAACAAAAACAACUCUGUUCUUGAGGAAGCAAGGAGAGACUUAAAUGUAAAGUCAGAAAAACUGAAUGAACUCACACAAAACACAGACCAGCUGAGACGUCACCUAGACAAAGUAAUACAAGAGAACGCAUUCCUUAAGGAAACAGUGCGCUUGGAGUGUGAAGAACGCUAUGAGCUCACAGAAGCAUUAACUCAGGCCAGAGAACAGCUUAUUGAGCUGAAAAGAGUAAGUGGGGGCCUUUCAUUAUCACAGAGAACUUUUCAUUCUGAUAAGACUGCACUUUCCAACACUCUACCCAGCCCAGGGCAGAAGCAUUCACUAGGCAUAUCAUCCACUGCUCCAGCCAAACUAACAAGUCUUCUGGGAUCCUAUGCACCAGCACCAGGGACCGGGAUCACAUCCACUAUGAACAAACACAGACACAGCAGCCACAGGAGUUUGCCCUUGUUACCAUCACCACCUCCAGCAAAAGAGAGAGCAGCAUCUGUCACUGACAUGAGACAAACAAUAACUGCCAUUCUUAAAAGAAAUUCUACUCAGCCAUGAUGUGCAUUUCCAGUGCCACAAAGCAAGGACUUUUCUCCUGGGUUAGGGUUACGUAAUGGUUAAAUAUUGCAGAAUUCUCUCAGUAGAUCAUGGGAUAUUUCUGUCUCAACAUCUGCUGUGAGUGUUUUUAAAAGAAUAGGGAUCAGAGAAAGGACAGUUAUUUUAUAAUAUAUCUAUGCACAUUAUUGCCUAAAGCUGGGGAAUUUCCACAUAAAGGUGACAUUUUUUUUGUUUUGUUCUUUUUAAAGAACUAUUGGCUGAAGUUCAAGUGGAGAUGUUUGUUUCUCUUUUCCUUGGAAGAAUGAUGUUUAAGAUGUUUCUCUCUCCUAAGCAUGCGGGUGCAAAUCUGAUCACAGCUUAUGAUAUAAGGCAUCCACACUCUUACUGGCAUGGAGGGGUUACCUGUAAAUGACACUGGCUCACUAUGUGAUGUAUGUAUGUGGGCUUGCUUUACAACCAGGAAAUACAGAUGAGGCUAGAAUCAUUGCAUGAAUACAUUAUUAAAUGAUAAAAAUGGUUUCUGAGAGAGUGAUGAUGAUUUCAAGUCUGAUCUAAUUGUCUCUGGUCCACUGACGACUCUGAGUCUCCAUGAUGAUAUUUUGCAGCAUGGGCAUCCACAGAUAGGGGCAAGGGGGGGCACUUGCCCCUCACUGGACUUGUAUUCCAUAAUAAAGGAUAUUCUCUUGCCACAUCUAUAUAGUAUAAUAUUUUGUUCCUUUUUACAUGAACACUUUUUUUUAAAAUUACCAUUAAGAACCUGCAAUAAGCUUAUAAAAUGCUUAAAUCUUAUGGUUAGCACUAGGGAUGCACCGAAUCUACUAUUUUGGAUUCGGCCGAACCCCCGAAUCCUUCGC